AGUUAGAAGAUACCAACUCCAUUAUCGACGAUAUGUAGUAUAUAUGUAUAUAUAUACCCUCUUUGAUAGAUAUAUCAUAACCAUUGUAACGCAAUUAAUCAAUUUCAAGUUUCAUAUAUUUUUAUAUAUCCAACAAAAUGGCACAAGAAAUGGCAAUGAACCAAAUCGUUGAGAAGUACGGACCGUAUGGUUCUCAAUGUGCAACAAACUGGAGCGUGAUGCUUGAUGAAUGUGACAGCAUCAGGGAAGUGAUAAUUAGGCAUGCUAACAUUGUUGAUGGAAUUGGAUUCGUCAUAAUGGAUGGAAGUGGGUGUAACACCACUAAGACUGUUGGUGGCUGUGGUGGAAAAAUGUCCAGGAUUGUGUUGAAGCAAAACGAGUUUAUCACACAAAUAAGCGGAACCCAUGGAGAGCACAAAGGCAGCGGUUAUGAACGCCGUAUUACCUCGUUGAGGGUUCACACCAAUUUAUGUCCAGUUGGAUAUGGACCAUAUGGAUUAGCUAAGAACUGCCAGAAUGUUUGUAGUUUCUCAACUCCACUUGCAACAUGCGAUCCUAUUGUUGGCUUUUUCGGAAGGCAAGGAAAGUUUUUGGAUUCCAUUGGCAUUUUCGUGAAGAAACAGGGAUUCUCACCGUAUUAAAUUUGGUCAAUGGAUCGAGUUUGGAGCUGGUCACAUUAAGUGCCUAGCAAAAUAGGAGCUGAUCAUCUACAUGUGUUCAUGAUCGGUGUACCUUAAUUGAUAUUGCGUUAUCUAUAUAUCUAUCUAUCUAUCUAUCUAUCUAUCUAUCUUUAUUACAAGCAAAGUGUAUUUUGUACCAAUAAGCCGCAGUUUUAGCAGCCUCUUAAGUAUGAUUUGUAUGAUCAUUAAACUUAAGCAGAUGAUGAUGUAUUGUUAUUUAUGUUUGUCAUAUUGAUAUUAUAUAAUUAA